AUGGCUCUUCGAUCGCGAUCUGUGGCCCGCGGCAAAUCGUCAAUAACGUUGCGCCUGGUUCGAAGCCAGUGGACUCAUGAUUAUGAUCCAACAAUCGAAUGGACGGUCCCCCUGACAUAUUCCCACGGCUUUAUAGAAGAUUCAUACUCCGUCACCCGCACGAUCGAUGGACUGCCGUACUUCCUCUCUCUCACAGACACUGCUGGCCAGGAGGAAUAUCGCGGUCUCUGGGCAGCGUCGAACCUGAAUUCAGAUGCCUUCCUCCUCGUGUACGAUAUUACCAAUGAGUCCAGCCUCGAGACGCUGGACCAUUUCAUGGAGAUGAUUGAUAUGGAAACGGAAACUCGAGACGAGAAAAACCAACGAUUGUUGAAGCAGUUCUAUACCGAUUACCCCAAUAUCGGGCUAGACCACCAGCCUGUGAUCGGGAUGCCCCCGCCCGUGAAGAUUAUUGCAGGAAAUAAAUGUGACUUGAAAGAAGCGCGCGUGGUGAGCGCUAGACAGGGUCUAGAAUGGGCCAGAAGAAGGGGCUGUGGCUUCAUGGAGACAAGUGCGUGGGAGAUGGUGAAUAUCGAAGAAACGUUUGCCCUGAUCGUACGACGCGUAGUCGAAGCCCGUAAAGUGCACCGCGAGCAGCAACUAUCUCAAUUACAUGCUCUUAGGCAAGCCAGCUACCUACCUUCAUCUCCACGCUAUUUCUCCCCUUCGCAUAGAAGGACGAUACAGCCCGUUGCUCACAGCCAGACGGCUCCUCUCACAACCGAGGAGCGGCAGGAGUCAGCAGAACACAGCGUUCACUCGGAUUCUAGAUUCCAGCGACGAAGCCUGUGGCGUACGUUCACAGAUGCGUUCUCUAAACGAACUACUAUGGGGCGGCCAUCAAGGCGUCGCAAGUCUUUCCAUCCAGCUCCAAGCCAGUGGGAAGCCCAGGCCCAGAGUCGUCCGGAAACGCUGUCUACUAGUUCAAGCAAGAAGCCAGACCAGGAUAUAAGUGAAGCCGCCUACUCAAAUAAAGAGAAUAAACGACGGCAGCAGCGACACGAUACUGUUCAGAGCAAGCAUUUCAGACAUUCCGAGCGCAUAUCUCUCCCAUGGUGGAAGAGGUUGUGUGACUAUCGUUGA